AUGUCCGAAAGGGCUUGCAUGCUGUGUGGGAUCGUACAGACGACCGCUGAGUUCACAAGAGACGGAUGUCCGAACUGUCAGGGAAUUUUUGAAGAGGCCGGUGUAAGUACUAUGGAGUGUACGUCUCCUUCUUUCGAGGGCCUGGUGGGUAUGUGCAAACCGUCGAGGUCAUGGGUCGCCAAAUGGAUAAGCGUAGACCCCUAUAUUCCUGGAAUGUAUGCCAUCAAAGUAGACGGUCGACUUCCUGUCGAAGUCGUAGAACUUCUUCCGCACUACAAGCCCAGAGACGGUACACAGGUCGAUUGA